UCCUGUGAGUGAAUCUAGGGGAGGCCAGUAGGAAAAAUGAAUGUUUUGUGAGCGUGUCAGGGGGGCAGGCAGCUGAGGAAAGCAGCCACCGCUGCCUCUUAAAGUCUUGAUUCUCUUCUGCAGCUACAAACUGAUAGGCAGACAGCACAGGGGCGAGCUGGAGACAGUUGUGAGGGGGCACAAGCAGGAGUGAGAGGCUGAGGACGAGGCAGGUUAGAACAAUUAGAGGUUUUACUUGUUUGCUCACACAUCCCCAUUACACCUGAGGCACACAGUCAUAUUGGGAGGUGAUUUAAGGAGACUUUGAGAGCUGUCAUCCGGGGAAGAAGGGAAUUAAACUUUAGUUUUUGCUUCAUCCAUAGAGGAAAAUAGGAAUACAGAUUGUUUGCUAGCCUAAUUUUUCCUCUUUGCAUUUUGUUCUUGCAAAGUUGCUUUGGAAAAUUUGGAUACAACCUUUUCGAAUUGCUGUUCUGAACUCAGAAAGGCAUGGCACACGGACAAAAAAGCCCCAGGUGGGCAUUAACCCAGAGCUCCUUCGGCCUGGCUCUUGGCCUGUUGCUCCUCUCCCUCCUCCUGCAUACCAUUGUGGCUGCGGAUGAGUACGACUACUACAGCUGGCAGUCGGACAACUUCCACAAUGGUCGUUUCUACACCAAACAACCGCAGUGUGUGGACAUACCAUCCGACCUGCGCCUGUGCCACAACGUGGGCUACAAGAAGAUGAGGCUGCCCAACCUCCUGGACCACGAGACCAUGCCUGAAGUCAAGCAGCAGGCGGGCAGCUGGGUGCCCCUCCUUGCCAAAAGGUGUCACGCUGAUACCCAGGUCUUCCUGUGCUCACUGUUUGCGCCGGUAUGCCUGGAUAGACCCAUCUAUCCCUGCCGAUCUCUGUGUGAGGCUGUCAGGGACAGCUGCGCUCCAGUGAUGGAGACUUAUGGCUUUCCCUGGCCAGAGAUGCUGACCUGCGACAAGUUCCCCAUCGAUAACGACCUCUGCAUCCCCAUGCAGUUCGCUGGAAACCACGCCACCCUGCCUCCAGUGCCGAAGGUCUGCCCACCAUGCGACAACGAGCUGAAAACAGACAACAUCAUGGAGCACUACUGCGCCAGCGACUUUGUCCUGAAGAUGAAAAUCAAGGAGGUGAAAAAGGAAAAAGGUGACCGGAAGCUGAUUGCAGCUCAAAAGAAGAAGAAAGUUUUGAAGCAGGGAGUGCUGAGAAAGAAGGACCUGAAGAAACUCACGCUGUACAUUAAGAACGGCGCCAACUGCCCGUGCUCCCAGCUGGACAGUCUGGGCUCCAACUUCCUCAUCAUGGGCCGCAAAGUGGACCAGCAGCUGCUGCUCAUGUCCAUUCACAAGUGGGACAAGAAGAGCAAGGAGCUCAAGUUUGCCAUAAAGUACAUGAAAUCCUAUCAGUGCCCCACCUACCACUCCGUUUUCCAGUGACACAACUGUUCACCCCACUCCAUCAACACAUAAUUCUGUUUCAUUAACUUCCAUCUGAUCUGAGAUAGAUGCCUUUGACUCACUUAUCAUAAAUGUUCUUCUGAUAACAUAAAAACAGUCGCUUGAAUCGGUAAUCUUGUCAAAAAAUCUGUUGUACUAUAAACGCUGCAGUUUAAUGAUCAUAGACAGACUGAAGAAAAGUAGAGCUAAGGCCAUGUUUGUUUUCUUGAAGCAGUGCAGGAUGUGCCGGUGCUCAUGAACACCAACAUAAAACACAUCAAAGGAAAGAAAUGUAGAUGACUCACUUAUCUUUCAAUAAUGUUUAAAGUAUGUAAUUCAUACAGAUGCUAUUAGAUAGCUUUUCUCCUGUUUUAUCUCCUAUGGGAAGGAAGAUUUGGACCACUGGACUUUAUGAUGCUUGGACUGACUUUGUACAGCACUAUUUUCUGGAAAAUUUGGAAGAUCCUGGAAGAAGGAAGUUGACAUCCAACCGAAAACAAAUGAAGGGCAAAAAGAAAAGAGAGACCAUGGACAGAACCCAUUAUUGGUUUGAUACGUCUCUAAAGAUUGCAAUUUUUCCACACGUUUCUUUUCCCUUAAAUUUUGCCUCUGUUAAACUCUCAUGGUAUGAAAGCAGAAAUCGUAAAAGAAAAAUACACUGUUGCUGUAACAAUGAAAAAACUAUUUUCACAAUUUUGUCUAACAUUUUAACCUCCGUGUAGUCCUGUUAUCAAGAUAGAUAUUUGUUUUCUAUCAAAAGAAAAUGACAAAAAAUAUAUUUGAAAUUUUUAUAAAGAAUAACUUUAAAAUG